CUCCCUCGACGAGUCCGUCACUCUCCCAAGGGACAAAAAAAGCCUUCCCUUAUAUUAUAUUAUUAUAUAUCUAUGUACUAUAUACUCUAUUCCCCACCUUAAUCUCACCAGCCACCAUUCCUGAAUUCUGAAUUUUCUGUUCAUCUUCACCAACCUCUCUCUCUCUCUCUCUAUCUCUCUAUCUCUCUAUCUCUUUCUCUCUCCUCCCACCAAACCCUAGCCAUGGAAGCUUCUCCGGCUCUAUCUCGCAUCGGCCUGGCCGGCCUCGCCGUCAUGGGCCAGAACCUCGCCCUCAACAUCGCCGAGAAAGGCUUCCCCAUCUCCGUCUACAACCGCACCACCUCCAAGGUCGACGAGACCGUCGAUCGGGCCCACAACGAGGGCAAUCUCCCUCUCUUCGGCCAGUACAACCCUCGCGAUUUUGUCCUGUCGAUCCAACGGCCCAGAUCUGUCAUUAUCCUCGUCAAGGCCGGCGCUCCCGUUGACCAGACCAUCGCGGCCCUCGCCGACCACUUGGAGCCAGGCGACGCCAUCAUCGACGGCGGGAACGAGUGGUACGAGAACACCGAGCGGAGAAUCCGGGAGGUCUCCGACCGAGGAAUUCUCUACCUCGGGAUGGGGGUUUCCGGCGGAGAAGAAGGCGCUCGCAACGGCCCCUCUCUCAUGCCCGGUGGGUCCCACCAGGCCUACCUCAACGUCCAGGACAUCCUCCACAAGGUCGCUGCCCAGGUCGAGGACGGCGCCUGCGUCACCUACAUCGGCGAAGGAGGUUCUGGUAAUUUCGUUAAAAUGGUUCAUAACGGUAUAGAAUAUGGUGACAUGCAAUUGAUUUCUGAGGCUUAUGAUGUGUUGAAGAACAUUGGGGGUUUGUCAAAUUCCGAACUUUCUGAGAUUUUCGCCGAGUGGAAUAGGGGGGAGCUUGAGAGUUUCUUGAUUGAGAUAACUGCGGAUAUUUUUAGGGUGAAGGACGAGCAUGGGGAUGGUGAGUUAGUGGAUAAGAUUCUUGACAAGACUGGGAUGAAGGGGACCGGGAAGUGGACUGUUCAACAGGCCGCCGAGCUGUCGGUGGCUGCGCCGACGAUCGCGGCGUCGCUGGAUUGCCGGUACCUGAGUGGGUUGAAGGAGGAAAGAGAGAGCGCGGAUAAGGCUUUGAGGGAAGCUGGAUUGAAGGAAGAAGUGGGGUCAGCGAAGAUUGGUGUUGAUAAGAGGAGAUUAAUUGAUGAUGUGAGGCAGGCAUUGUAUGCUUCUAAAAUUUGUAGCUAUGCCCAAGGGAUGAACUUGUUGAGGGCUAAAAGCAUUGAGAAAGGUUGGAACUUGGACUUGGGAGAGUUGGCUAGGAUUUGGAAAGGUGGGUGCAUUAUAAGGGCAGUGUUCCUGGAUAGGAUCAAGAAGGCUUAUCGGAGGAACCCCAAUUUGGCUAGCUUGUUUGUGGACCCAGAAUUCGCUAAAGAAAUGGUCCAGCGCCAAGCUGCUUGGAGGAGAGUUGUGGGGUUGGCUAUAUCCGCCGGUAUUAGCACACCGGGAAUGUGCGCUAGCCUCUCGUACUUUGAUACCUACCGCCGUUCCAGGCUUCCGGCAAACCUUGUUCAGGCUCAAAGAGACCUCUUUGGAGCUCAUACUUAUGAGCGGAUCGACCGCCCUGGUUUGUUCCACACCGAGUGGACUAAGCUUGCCAGGAACAGUGAUGCUAAUGUUGGGGCUUUUAACUGAGUGGUUGGUGGCUAUCUGUUGCUACUGGGUGUUGGUUUAUGUUGGAAGCUGAAUUGGGGUUGUAUGUUUUGUAGGCAUAGCAAAAAUAUCAUUGUUACUUUUUUAACUUAAUAAGGAAGUGCAUGCCUUCUGAGUUCGAUGAGUUAGGUCCUUUUUGUUUUAAUAAUUUCGUGAGUUAUUUGUUUUCUUGUAUCCGAAUUGAAGUGAAGUCAAUGAGCAAAGUUGCAUUUUCUUA